AUGUUCAACCCGCACCACCCCUACUCCAUCGUAAUUGGUGGGCGGCGUAUGGGGCAGGGUAUCAUUGCCCUCGUGCUUCCCGGACUGGCGGUCCGGUCUAUUCUCCGCAUCCAGAAACCAUAUUACGUGGUCGGAACGGCGCACUACUUCCGUCUCUGA